UAUUAUUAUCAUCAACACAACGACGUUGUAUGGCACAGCAAAAAAGAUAGAUAUGCUGGAUUUCGUUUCGCAAAAUCACAAGUCGAACACUUCCCAAGUGUCUAGGACUGUGUGAUGUAUUUUCUGAUGAUGUGUGCAGAUCCCAGUAGGGUGGCCUUUUGCAGUUGGCAGAUGGUGAUUUUGUCAAUGUCUAUUGUUUCCAAAUGCCGGCUGAGAUCUUUUGGCACGGCACCCAGUGUGCCCAUCACCACCGGGACCACCUGCACUGGUUUCUGGCAGAGUCUUUGAAGUUCAAUCUUGAAUCUUGAAUUAUUAUUAUUAUUAUUAUUAUUAUUAUUAUUAUUAUUAUUAUUAUUAUUAUUAACAUUAAGGCUGGGUGGCCAUCUGUCAGGGGUGCUUUGCUUGUGCUUUUGGUCUGCAGAAGUAGAAGGGGAUUGGUCUCAAUGGCCCAAAGAGUCUCUUCCAACCCUCUUUUUUAUUACUAUUGCUGCUGUUGUUGUUAUUAUUGUUAUUAUUAUUAUUUAUUAACAUUGAGGCUGGGUGGCCAUCUGUCAGGGGUGCUUUGCUUGUGCUUUCGGUGCACAAAGGCAGAAGGGGAUUGGACUCAAUGGCCCAAAAGGUCUCUUCCAACGCUCUUUUUAUUAUUAUUGCUGUUGUUAUUAUUAUUAUUAUUAUUAUUAUUAUUAUUAUUAUUAUUAUUAACAUUGAGGCUGGGUGGCCAUCUGUCAGGGGUGCUUUGCUUGUGCUUCCGGUGCACAAAGGCAGAAGGGGAUUGGACUCGAUGGCCCAAAGGGUCUCUUCCAACUCUCUUUUUAUUACUAUUGCUGUUAUUUUUAUUAUUUUUAUUAUUAUUAUUAUUAUUAUUAUUAUUAUUAUUAUUAUUGCUCGGUGGCCAACUAUAGUCCGGCCCUCCAAUGGUCCAAAGGUUUGUGAACUGGCCCCCUGUUUAAAAAGUUUGGGGACCCCUGGUAUAGAAAGUAGGAAAACUGUGAUUAAAAAAGGAUCAAAAAGGGAGAGAGAGAGAAAAAAAACCAAAAAACCAAAAACAAAGCUAAAGUGUCCAUAUUUAUAUAUAUAUACAUAUAAAUACACAUAUAUGUGUGUGUGUGUGUGUAUGUAUGUAUAUGUGUAUACAUAUAUAUAUACACACACACACACAUAUAUAUACACACACACAUACACACAUACAUAUACAUACACAAAAAUCUGAACAAAUGGCGAUAUAAAUAUGCAAAAGUACUUGGUAAAGAAACACACCAAAAAGCAAAAGCAAAAAAGCAUUAGACACUUUGAGUAGAAUCACUAGAUUAGAAGCAGCUGACAUUGGUAAUGUUCUAACAAAGAACUGCCAAAAACUGUUAAAGUUAAACUAAACAAUCAUUGUUGUUCCAGUAUAACAGUUGGAAAAUAUAAUAGUAAUAAUAAUAAUAAUAGUAGUAGUAGUAGUAAUACUAAUAGUCAGGAUUUCCAAGCAGUAUAUCAUCAUUUGGUUAACAGAGAGAUAUAGAAGAAUAAUAUGACGUGCAUUUAUGAUAAGUCUAUAUUUCAUUAAGGCUAGUAAUGAAUCAUGUUCUUACUUCUAGCCACCAGCAGAUGUGAACUCUAGUUCUUUUUUUCUUCAUCAUGACUUAAAAAAAAAAGCAAUGGCCAAGCUUGACAAAAUAGUGAAGAGCAGAGACAUCACACUGACAACAAAGGUCCGCAUAGUCAAAGCAAUGGUAUUCCCCAUAGUAACCUAUGGAUGCGAGAGCUGGACCAUAAGGAAGAAUGAGCGAAGGAAGAUAGACGCUUUUGAACUCUGGUACUGGAGGAAAAUCUGAGAGUGCCUUGGACCGUAAGAAGAUCCAACCAGUCCAUCAUCCAGGAAAUAAUGCCAGGCUGUUCACUGGAGGGAAGGAUGUUAGAGGCAAAGCUGAAAUAUUUUGGCCACAUCAUGAGGAGACAGGAAAGCUUGGAAAAGAUCACAAUGCUGGGGGAAAUGGGAGGAAAAAGGAAGAGAGGCUGACCAAGGGCAAGAUGGAUGGACGGUAUCCUUGAAGUGACUGGCUUGACCUUGAAGGAACUGGGGGCGGUGACGGCCAACAGGGAGCUCUGGUGUGGACUGGUCCAUAAGGUCACGAAGAGUCGGAGACAACUAAACGACUGAGCAGCAGCAGCAGCAGCAGCAGCAGCCAACUUUAAUCACAGAAUUUUAUUGCAGGUCCAGAGAGCUGCUUUUUCCAUUUGUGGCCAUUAUGUGUUUUCAUCACAGCCCCUUAGGGAUCACAAGACUCUAGCCAAGGGGCCCAAGAUUAUGGUGUCCUGGUAUAGUGGGUUUGCUAGCUAAGUGAGAUAAACAGUAGGCAAAAAAUGACUUUUGACUGUUGUUUUGUCCAUCCAACAAAAGUUAAUUUUAUUGGAACAUUAUAUUAACAUCUCAUAUCAACUUUUUGUUUAAUAUUUGUAAUUAUCACAAUUCGUACUCUUAUUUAUGCCAAUGAACAACAUGUGCCUGGUUUGAUACAUUUAAAAAGAAAAUUGAUCACUUUUUGAUUUAAAUUUGCAAAUAGAAUUCAAAAUGUGGCACACAACAGAAAACAAUUACUGAGCAAUGUAUAAGAAAUUGCCGAGAGAUCUUAAUGGUUGGGAAUUUCGAGAUUCUUUGUUCUAUACAAAAACAAACUAUAAAAUAACAAAAGAAUAUUCUCCAAGAUAAUGGUUAAAAUAGAGGGCAUCAAAAGUAACUCUUUACUGUCUACUAUGUAUUUUUUUGCAACUUAAGGAACAAAAACUUAAGCAGUUUAACACAAGAAUGAUUUUCACCUAGAAAUAAACCUUGGAAAAAGUAUGGUAUUUUGCCUUCUCAUGAAAAUAGUCCUUACAAAAACAGAGCUGUAAAUAGGAAACAAUAUUUCACUUUGAAAUUCCUUUCGCAGUCAUUAAAAGGACACAAAAUUGAUUACAACAAGAAAUGUAAGACAGCUAAGGGUCCUUCCAGACAGGUGCUUAAUCUGGAAUAAGAAAGUGGGAUUAAAACUUCCAAUGAUUUAAGAAGAGUCCUCACAGGAGCCAUUAAUCUCAGGAAAUGGUUUCCCAGCACCCAGAAAGGUUUGGAUAAUGCGGAUUGAAGGGAACCACAAAAAGUACGAGACAUCCGCUAGAGUUUUUUAAAAUUCCCUAUUGACCAUCCAAGAAGAUGUGCUGCACCCAUAAGUACUAAUGUGGAUAUAACAAAGUGCACACAAGCAGAUUCCCUGUCAUUGUCUCUCCUCACUCUCUUGGUGCCUUUAACUUUGACCUCUUGAACCCCAUUUCCCUUUGGGGUCACUUGCCUGCCAUGCUGGUGCCCCAUUAUCAAGCUCUGUUUAAUUUCAGAAAUAUGAGAACAAAGGAAUGAUUGGAGAGAGUUCUCAAGGGAAUUGCUUUCCUCUUGUGCUUCCAUUUGUAUUACGCCCUAGGCAGCUGGACCACCGAAAACCAACACAAAGACCAAUAACAAUAUAAUAUCUUUAUUAAAGCAAGUAAAGUUCCAAAAGGAAAUAAGCAGCUAAGUUGUAGAAGCGAUUGACCUUUCAGAAAAGAUCAAAGUUAGUCCAAUAAGUAAAAGUCUUAUGUCCAGUAUUAGAGUUCAAAAUCCAGAAACACACUCAAACUCCGCCUGAGUUUUGAGUGGGGAAAAGAGCAAGAAGCAAGAAGAGUUCUCUUGAAUAAAUGUCCAAAAACAGGGUUUCAGGGCAAGGCAGGAACUAGAUGUUCUGGAUCUGAAACGCAGUCCAAACUUGGCAAGGAGGUAGACCGGCGCCCGGUCUACUCAAGAGUAAGCGCACCAUCAGGCCGCUUGGAAAUCCAGGAGCUGGAGAAGAUGAUGUUUCUCAGUAAGAUGUAAAGUUGUCACCGCAAAGGCAAGUUCUUAACACAACACUUUUACUGAAGUUCAUAAGCUCCCCCAAACCAGGUGCCUAACGCCCUAAAACUUCCCAAGAGAACUGGGCUUAACCAUAGUCACCACGCUCCGCUAAUCUGGCGCUUCUCCGGAGGCUCUGUCUGUUUGAUCUGUCUGAAUAUACAAAUGCCCUAUGAUCAAACGCCAAGUUUUCCGGAGAAUCUGGGAGAGCCAGCAUUGUUUCAAGGGCAUUCUUAAUUGGCUCUGGCUCAGAAAUGUCAGCAUGAGGCAUCUGGAAGGGUGUCGAAACUUGCUGACUUGGGAGAAAACCCAAAACAUCUUCAUCCUGGUCAGGAAAUGGCACCGGGUCGAGGGCCAAAGGUGCCCUAGGCAUCACAAUUUGGUUCCAUCUGCUUACAUCCCUCAUCAGCUGUUUUGGGAUUAUAAAAUGAGGAUAAGAACUGGAGCAGUCUACACCAGUGUAUCGCAAGGAACUCUCAUGUGUUUUUUUAGUUCAGGCAUAUACAGUGCUCCGUAGCAGCACUUUUUUGCCCAAUUGCGGAUUUUAAACAAUUCUUUUUAUCAUGUGUUUUUCAUGCCAUCCUGAGAUCCAGCACAUAUUUUCAAUAUGCGCCUUCAGGCUGGAGAAGAGGGAACUCAGCAGUAUGGAAGCAGAUUUUACAGGACUUGCAACCUGUCACAUUCUCAAAGACAUAUUUGGAACUGGGUUGGGAGUGAACUGAAACGUUCUGGUUUGUUUCAUUUUAAAUAAUUUUAUUUUCUGAGUUCAGUUCUGAAUCAGUUUGCACAUCACAGACAUGCUUUCACAAUUGUCACUGAGUAAGCAGAUUUGACAUCUUUCAAACACUUUAGGUAGUGAGUAUUCUUCUAGAUGCUUUGAAGACUUUUGGCACUAAACUCAUCCUAUUAGUAAAAUUGCAUUGAAUUGGUAUUUCUAUCUACAUUAUUGGAUAAAAAUAGCUAUUCCUGCCAGGCACCAUUCUUCCUCUCAAGCUAGGCCUUACAAAAAUAGCUGGAUCCCUGCCCUCAUAUUGCCAAACUGUUGGAAAUUAUUCAUUAAAUAGUUAUGCAAUUGCUCUUUCCCAGCUAUGUGUUUCCCUCCUCUGCUCCCUGCUUCAUGUGUACGUAAAGUAAAAACUAGAAUAUGUAGGAAUAUUUCCAAUGACUGGGUGACUUCAAUAUCAUGUAAAAAUGAAUAAAAACCAGAAAGUGCAUACAUCUAAGUAAUACAACUUUCAAUUCAGCAUAUGGACUUCUUUCUGUACCCAUGGAUAUCUUCCCUGGAAAAGUAGCAGGUGGACUUUUUAAAACAUAUAUACUGUUGUAAAUGCAGAUGUGUGCAGUCUUUUUUGGAUACAGUUACAAAGCAGUGCAUAUUAAAAUAUACCUGUAAGAUUCUAGUUAGAAGACAAUAAUGGCUCCUGGUUUGUAUGUGAAUGUUGGGAAGUUUCUUUGGAAUUCUACAUGUGAGGAAGAAUUUCCUCACUCAUCACUACAAAGAGCAAGCACUAGGACCUAGGAGCAUUCAUCCUGAGUACAGGGAAACCAGUUUAUAAGAGGAUAUGCAACUUUGUAUGUGCAACUCUGACGUCUGCGUUCCGACAGGUGUUGACUUAAAGCAAGUGAAAGCAAUUAGUCUCGUUCAACUCAGCCCGGCACUUUGCUGUACAGCAAAUCAAUUGGACUAGGUUACCCUUAAUUUCCAAACUUUGUGUAGCAAAGUCAAACUUUUAAGGAGCAGGAAGAUGUCAUGGAAAUGUGUUCAAUGAAAUUCCCAAGGGACAUACCUUGGUUGAGAGGACGGUGCUGCCCGAGUGUGCCUUCAGACUCUCAGCCUGAAGAACCUGUGAAAAGAAGGAGAGGGAGAAGGAAGGAAGAAGAAACAAAGAGGGCCAUUGUUUCUAAUGUGCCCUUUGAAGGCAAGUGGAAAGAAAAUCCAAACAGACAUUAUGAGGGCAACAAAAUCAAGACUACGAAGUACACCCUCCUGUCUUUCAUCCCCAAAAACCUCUUUGAGCAGUUUCAUCGUUUUGCCAAUUUUUACUUUGUGGCUAUUGUAGCACUCAAUUUCAUACCUGUGCUCAAUGCUUUUGAACCAGGGAUAGCUGUGAUCCCGGUCUGUGUUAUAAUGGCUGCCACAGCCAUCAAAGAUGCUUGGGAGGACUUUCGGAGAUUCAGCCUGGACAAAGAGAUCAAUAGCAUGGACUGUCUGGUUUACAGAAGAAGUAAAAACACCUACACUGAAAUGUGCUGGAAGGACGUCAGAGUAGGAGACUUUGUGCAGCUGCAGUGUAAUGAGAUCGUCCCAGCUGACAUGCUGCUGCUGUAUUCCUCUGAUCAGAAUGGGAUCUGUCACUUGGAGACAGCCAACCUCGAUGGUGAGACCAAUCUGAAACAACGACAUGUUGUGAAAGGAUUCUGUAUGGAGAAUACUGAAUUUGAGCCAGAAGCUUUCCAAAAUAUAAUUGUUUGUGAAAAGCCCAACAAUGACCUCAAUAGAUUUAAAGGCUAUAUGGAACAGACUGAUCUCACAAGGAUUGGUUUCAACAUUGAAAGUCUACUUCUCCGUGGAUGUACAGUAAGGAACACAGAAGUUGCAGUAGGAAUUGUGAUCUAUGCAGGCCAUGAAACCAAAGCCAUGUUGAAUAACAGAGGACCUCGUUAUAAACGCAGCAAAAUAGAGCAACGCAUGAACCUAGAUAUCUUCUUUUGUGUGGGACUACUCUUCCUCAUGUGCCUCACUGGAGCACUAGGUCAUGGCAUUUGGAAUGGGAUUUUUUCAGAACACCCCUUGUAUGUUAUCCCAGAUAUACACGGCAACUAUCUUUCUGCAGCUCUCGCAGGUUUCUACACGUUCCUGACAAUGAUCAUCCUUUUGCAGAUUUUAAUCCCCCUUUCCCUCUAUAUAUCUAUUGAAAUGGUCAAAUUGGGCCAAAUCUUCUUCAUUCAUAAUGAUAUGGAUUUAUAUGAUGAAGAGCGAGAUCUGCCCAUUCAGUGCCGAGCACUAAAUAUAACUGAAGACCUAGGACAAAUCCAGUACAUUUUCUCUGACAAGACGGGAACAUUGACAGAGAAUAAGAUGGUUUUUCGACGAUGUACAAUUAAUGGAAAAGAAUUUUCACAUAAGGAAAAUGCCAAGCGACUGGAAACCUACAAUGAACUAGAUUCAGAUAAUGAAGAAUGGACAAAGCAUCCAAGUCUCCAGUCAAAUAAAGGUGCAGAAAAGGUCACUUUAACGUGGACAAAUCCAUCCAAGCCCUUGAGGAGAUGCGAGAGUACGUGGGCUCAUGUUCAGGGACAUAAACGAACCAGAUCUCUAGGUGCCUGGGGAAGCUCUCCAUGUCAGGUGGCAUUCAGCAGUAGUAUUGAAAAAGAUGUGAUCCCAGAUAAUAAGCUGUUGAUGAAAGUGAGACAUGCAUCAUGCCAGCUAGAGCCGUUGACACCCUUUAUGUUUGCAAAUCCUACUUCUGCAGUCACAGACUUUUUUCUUGCUCUGACCCUAUGCAACACUGUUGUAGUUUCCACUGCAACUGACCCAAGACAAAGGGUUACUACUCCUGCACUGACAAAAUCCUCAGGACUCUCCCUGGAGAGAAUUCACCAGCUGUUCCAGCGGUUAAAGCUGGCAAGCUUCAGCCAGUCUCUCCAGUCAAUGAGGUCAAGUUCAAACUUAGGAGAGAGUUUAAACUCAGAAAGCACUAGAGUUUGCACUGAUUCUGAAAGAAAAGAUUAUUUCCAUAGCCAGAGCUGCUUCACUUUAACAGAUGAUGACAGUUUUAGAACGGACUCAGUCAUUGGGAAUAAUGCCCCUGAGGAUCUGGACCCUUCACUGAUUGAGGUCUGUGAUGGACCAGAUAGUCAAGGUCUUCUGCAACCAGACAUCUGUUAUGAGGCUGAAAGCCCAGAUGAAGCUGCUCUCGUCCAUGCAGCCCGUGCUUAUGGAUUUACGUUAGUAUCACGAACUGCACAACAAGUGACUGUCAGGCCGCCGGAAGGUACCCUCCUAACAUUUGACCUCUUAUUUACUCUGGGAUUUGACUCCAACAGGAAAAGGAUGUCAGUGGUGGUGAGGCAUCCGCUUACCAAGGAGAUCAUUGUCUAUACCAAAGGGGCCGAUUCUAUCAUCAUGGACUUACUGGAAGACCCAGGCAAAGCUAGUCUACCUGAUGAAAAGCGUAUGAGAAAAUUAAGAAAUCUCACACAAAAACAUUUAGAUAUAUAUGCACAAGAAGGCCUGAGAACCCUCUGCAUAGCUAAGAAGGUCUUAAGUGAAGAUGACUUUCAGAGAUGGGCCAACUAUCGUUGUGAAGCAGAAUCUGCUAUUGAAAACCGAGAUGAGCUCUUAAUGGAGACAGCACACCAUCUGGAGACUAAGCUCACUUUGCUUGGCGCCACAGGGAUUGAAGAUAGGUUGCAAGAUGGAGUGCCAGAUACCAUUGCUGCUUUCAGAGAGGCUGGGAUCCAGGUGUGGGUAUUGACUGGAGAUAAGCAGGAAACAGCUGUCAACAUUGCUUACUCUUGCAAACUUCUAAACCAAAGAGAGACUGUCUUUACUAUUAACACAGAAAGUAAGGAAACAUGUGAGUCAUUGCUAGACAUCGCUUUGGAAGAAGUAAAGAAAACUCAAUAUGUUCCAAGAACAACAUGGAAUAUUUUUGGUAUUAAGCUGCCAUUUUCUUUAUCAACCAAAGUAACACCAGUUCCUACUAUUGGACUGGUGGUUGAUGGGACAACUCUAAACAUCAUUUUCCAAGGACAACUUCAGCACAAGUUUCUUGAACUGACCCAGUAUAGCCGCUCAGUGGUGUGCUGCCGGUGUACGCCCUUGCAGAAAAGUAUGGUGGUCAAGCUGGUACGGAGUCAUUUAAAAGUUAUGACAUUGGCAAUAGGUGAUGGUGCAAAUGAUGUAAGUAUGAUACAGGCAGCUAAUAUUGGAAUUGGCAUAUCUGGACAAGAAGGUAUGCAGGCUGUCAUGGCCAGUGAUUUUGCUAUAUCACAAUUUAAACAUCUCAAGAAGUUGCUUCUAGUCCAUGGACACUGGUGCUAUUCUCGCUUGGCAAAGAUGGUGAUAUACUUUUUCUAUAAAAAUUUGGCCUAUGUCAACCUGCUCUUCUGGUACCAAUUUUACUGUGCUUUCUCUGGAGCCACCAUGAUUGAUUACUGGCAACUGAUAUUUUUCAACCUGUUUUUCACUUCUGUUCCACCAAUAAUUUCUGGAAUCUUUGAUAAAGAUAUUUCUGCAGAAACUCUAUUAAGCUUGCCUGCCAUUUACAAGAGCGGACAAAAUUCAGAGAUUUACAGGCCCCGGACCUUUUUCAUUGCCAUUUUGGAUGCCUUUUACCAGAGCCUCAUCUGCUUCUUUGUCCCUUAUCUAGUAUACAAAGAUUCUGACAUUGGUGUGUUCACAUUUGGGACAGUAAUCAAUACAGUUGCACUCUUUACUAUCCUUUUUCACCAAGCUUUAGAAAUUCCAGCCUGGACCUGGUUCCAUGGCAUCACAAUAAUUGGAAGCAUUCUGCUCUACUUCAUUUUUUCAUUCACCUAUAAUGCUAUCUGUGUUGUCUGCAAUCAUCCCAUCAAUCCCUACUGGAUUACAGAGAAGUUAUUUUCAGUACCUAACUUUUACUUCAUAUCCAUCAUUACGCCAGUCAUUGCACUCCUCCCAAGGUAUCUUAUCUUGGCUCUACAAGGAACCUUCAAGACAUCACCCAUUCAGCAAGCACAACAUUUGGAUAAGCUCCCUGAAGAAGAACAGGUCCGGGAAAUAGAAAAAUGGAAAUUGAAGGAACAGGGCGCAAUCCAUAAUGAUGAUUCUGACUCAACUAUUGUAAACAUGAGCAUGGGAACCUCUGGUGAUUAUGCAAGAGCAGCCGGAGCAGCAGGAGGACAUCUGAUUUCUGAGAACACGGGUCAGGUGGAGCAGGAGGGACUCAAAGAAUGGAUACUUAAUGGAGAAGGCAAUGACUAUGGUACACGGUGGGGCACCCAGGAAGAGACUGUUGGUGCUAGUUUCUUGUCAGCAACAGCUUUUCCUGAGCAAAGUACACCCGUGAAGCCAUUUUCUGGCCUUUUCCCCCAAAACAUUGAAAGUUCUGCUCGGAGGAGUCAUCGCAGGUCUGUGAGUACUGUGACUUUAUGAAGGAGCCUACAGUUUUGACUGAAAAAAAUAAUUGGAUUUUUUUCCUCUGAACAUCUCCUGCCUCCCACACAGGGAGCAUAGGUGUCAGAGGGAAAAUAGGAUUGCUAUUUAUAUUAAAUAGCACCAUAUUCUUAAAGAAAAGCCUAAAAUGUAAUUUCACAAGCCUGCUGGGACACUCUAUUCCCACUAUACAGUGUGAUAUACUUCAGGCAUAUCUAAGUGUAUUUAUUCUAAGAAAGAGAUUCCAAAUAGCAGCAUCCCUCAUCAAUUUGAAAAACACAAUUUCUUCGGAAAUCAACAGUAUCUUCUGAGAAGGACAACUCUGAUGUUCAAAUGAAGGGUCCUUUAUGAAUCUGAUCUUAAUCAUAUCAGUUACCACUGUGAUCCUUAUGCCUAAGAUAUGAGAUAGGUAGCAAUAUAGUUACAUUCCCAUUUCUAUUUAUCUGUAUUAUUUGUUUGUUUACAAAUGCAGUUUGUUUGUUUUUGAAUAAAAAGUUUACAUGGAUUUUCUCAGGUUUUUCAGGAAUGUAUUCAGGUUUCCACAAGAGUGGACAAGAUUGUGCUAAGUUUAGAAACCUUAUUUUGCAAAGCAGCAUCUAAAAGUGUGUUGUUGUUGUUGUUGCUGUUUUUAAAAUGCAUAUAUAGUCAUGUUCUGGGCCUCCUAAGGUCCCAGUAUUUGGAGAAAGAUGGUAUACAAAUGAAAUAAAUAAAAUAAUAAUACCGUAUGCAAUUAAAUUACAAGAUCAAACCUAUUGAACAGAUGUCAUGUUGUUUUGACAGUGAACACUUCUAAUCCCAAACCUUUAUUGGAGAUAAAGGUCAAUUGAAUUACCUUCCUGGGAGGGAAUAAAACUUCCCAGAUAUAGCACCAUAAAUUGAUGUCAGCCUCAUUUCCCAGUAUAACAGUGGCCAACCUCACAGAGUUAUUGAGGGGAAGACUAAACAAAUGACUGUUGAAGCGCUUUCAGCACUAAAAUGCAGAUAUUUUAAUACUAUAUUUAAGAAAUCUUAAUCAUAAUUCAGCUGGCUGUAUUCUUUAUGCUUCUUAGAAAUGUAAAAACCAUGGCCAUUCAUGCAACAGGGACAAAAUAAAAGAGAAGAUGGUA